AUGUGGAUUUACCUGUUUCUGUUGAUAGUCUCGCUUUCUUUUCUACUCGUACGGAGAAGAUACUCGUACUGGAAGCGACAAGGUGUGCCAUUCAUUCCCGCAAAGUUCCCGGUCGGAAGUUUCGAUGGCGUUGGAAUCCAUGCCCACCCCUCACAGUUGCUGGCCAAAUUCUACAAGCAAACGAAAGGAUCACACCCAUUCGUUGGAGUGUACUACUUUCUGCAACCGGUGGUUGAGGUCUUGGAUUUGGACUUGGUGAAAACCAUUCUCAUUCGAGACUUCCAGUAUUUCCACGAUCGUGGUUUGUAUCACAACGAAAAGGAUGAUCCCAUCUCGGGAAAUCUACUGAACCUCGAGGGAACCCGAUGGACCAAUCAGCGCAAGAAACUGAUCCCGACUUUUUCCUCCGGGAAGCUACGAAUUAUGUGCCCUACGAUUGUGAACGUAGCGAAAAAUCUGACAGUGAGCCUUGACAGAUGUAUCGCCGGAACGCGGGAGGUUGAGAUCAAAGAUAUUUUGGCACGAUUUUCAACGGAUGUGAUCGCAACGUGUGCUUUUGGGAUCGAUUGCAGCAGUUUGCUCGAUCCGGAUAACGAAUUUAGGCGCAUGGGUACGAAGGUGUUUGAUGUCUCGACGUGGAAACUGAUGAAACUGUUCUUUGUGUUUGCCUUCGGGAACCUGGCACGGAAGUGUCACAUGAAGCUGAUCGAUGCCGAUAUAUCGGGAUUCUUUUUCAAAGUUGUUCGCGAAACGAUCGAUUUCCGAAAGAAAAAUUCUGUGCAGAGGAAUGACUUUAUGAACCUGUUGAUGCAGCUUCAAGAGAAAGGUGAACUGGAAGGGUCCGAGGAGAAACUUGGAACUCUUUCGUUAAAUGAGAUAGUGGCACAUUCUUUUGUGUUCUUCCUGGGUGGAUUUGAGACAGCCAGCACAACUAUGUCGUACUGUUUGUACGAGCUGUCGUCCAAUGAAGACGUUCAAGAGCGUGCUAGGAAAUGUGUGAUGGAUGCUGUUACAAAAUAUGGCGAGUUGAAUUACGAUGCUCUGAUGGAUAUGCCGUACCUUGAGCAGUGUAUAAAUGAAACUUUACGAAAAUACCCACCUACAACGGUGUAUCGCAUAGUGACCAAAGACUACCAGGUUCCUGACUCAGAUGUAGUAUUUCCAAAAGGAAUGAGCGUCAUGGUCCCGGUAUAUGCCAUUCACCAUGACCCGGAGUACUGGCCGGAUCCGGAACGGUACAAUCCGGACCGGUUUAGUGCCGAGGAGUGUGCCAGUAGAAACCCGCUUACGUUUAUUCCAUUCGGUGAGGGUCCCCGAAUGUGUGUUGCUGCUCGACUCGGAAUGCUGCAAACCAAAAUCGGACUAGCAACUAUGCUGAUGGGCUAUCGGUUUUCAAGCUGCUCGUCUGCUCCGUUAAGGUUUUCGCCGAAGCAUUUCAUUCUGACACCCGUUGGCGGGCUGUGGAUGAGAGUUGAAAGAAUCUAAAAGGGAUGAAGUGCGAUGAAUAUGACGUGCCUUCAUUUCAGAAACUAUACACCUACUUUCACACCUGGUUA